UGUCACGCGGACGAGCAGGAUCCGUUCCCCGUGUGGCAGAAUGGACUCAUCAGCCCGUGUUUCAACCAGCUCGUCCUCGGAGCUUUGCCUCAUGCAGGGAUGGCCGUUUUCAGCGCCUGCUACCUCGGCAUGGCAAGGUGUGACCUCCUGCGGUCGUCUCCUCCCUGUGGUUGGACGCUCCGGUGGGCGUCCGCUCUGCUGGCGGCGCUGCUCUUCGCCGCAGACGUCGUCGUGGCGAGCCUCAUGCAGCAGGCGGACUUGUACCUGGACGUCCUGGCUGACAGCUGCGCCAUCCUGGCCUGGCUGGUCCACUUCGGUGCCAUCAUGGUGCUCCAGAGGACGGCUUUCAGGAGAACCAGAGGACCUCCGCUGCUCCUCCUGCUGGUCCUUCUGUCUGUCCCGAACCUGGUCGUCACCUUGAUGAUUUACUGCGACAGUCAGGAAUGUUUGAGCCUCACAGAUCCUCUGGAGUUGGCACGUUUUGUGCUCGCCUCAGCGCGGACGCUCCCUCUUCUGGUUUAUCUUUUGGCGUUUGCGUUUCCCUGCGUCAGUGAUGCUGGGUACACUCUGUACAUCAACGCCGUGGAUGGAUCCCCGCUCCUCCAGGAGAGCGCCCAGCAGGAUACGGGUGAGAUGGUGGCGGAGGACGGGAGUAGCUGCGUGUCUCGGCUUUUCUACUUGUGGUUGACUCCUCUCUUGAGACGAGGGAAGCGAGGGGAGCUGGACAGACCGGCGGAUGUUUAUCACCUCCCGCGGAAACUUCGGACUACUGUGGUGUGGCGAUACUUCCACCAGUGCUGGGAAGCCUGCAGACGGGGGGCAGCGGUCGAUACGGAGCGGGACCAGUGGCCUCGGCCGGUCAGCAGGAACCUCCUGAGCGGCAGCUGGAGCUCGCACUACCAGGAGGAACCUCUGGAGCUGCAGGGCGAUGUGGGACUCCUCAGGGUGCUGCACAAGGCGUUCGGGCUGCGUUAUUACAUGCUCGGCGUGCUGAAGGUGUCGAUCAACAUGCUGAGCUUCGCAGGUCCGCUGCUCCUCAACAGUCUGGUCAACUUCAUGGAGGCCGAGGGAGCUCCGGUGAGCUGGGGCGCCUGGUGCGCUCUGGGGCUCUUCACGACCGCUCUGCUCAGUUCCUUCCUCCAAACCAUCUUCGUCUUCGAGGUUUCCAAGGUGUCGCUGUCGGCACGCGCCACUCUCGUGUCGGCCAUUUACGGCAAAGCGCUGCAGGUCAGCGGCAGCAGCCUGGCCGGCUUCACUCUGGGAGAGGUGGUGAACUUGAUGAGCACGGACACCGACCGCGUGGUCAACUUCUUCAACAGCUUCCACGAGCUGUGGAGCAUGCCGUUCAGUAUCUGCAUCACCCUCUACCUGCUGUACCUGCAGGUGGGCGUGGCUUUCCUCGGAGGGCUCGCCGUGGCUCUGCUGUUGGUGCCGUUCAACAAGUUCCUCGCUUCCCGUAUCCUCAGCAACAACCAGCACAUGCUCAGGCACAAGGACAGCCGCGUGAAGUUAAUGACAGAGAUCCUUUUCGGCAUUCGCGUCAUCAAGUUUUACAACUGGGAGCCUCAUUUUACUGAGAAGGUCGCCGACUGUCGAAAACAAGAGCUGUCCCACCUCAAGGCCAUCAAGUACCUGGACGCCAUGUGUGUUUACACCUGGGCCGCUCUGCCGGUGGUCAUCUCCAUCCUCACCUUCGUCACGUACGUGCUGCUGGGACACCAGCUCACUGCAGCCAAGGUGUUCACCACGCUGGCUCUGGUGGGAAUGAUCAUCAUCCCACUCAACUCGUUCCCCUGGGUGCUCAACGGCAUCCUGGAGGCCAAAGUGUCUCUGGAGCGAAUCCAGCGCUUCUUCAAACUGACCAACCAGGACCUGCAGGCGUACUACGCCCUCG